AAAAAAAAUAAAGUUUUUUAAAAAUAAUUUUUGGAAAACAUCAAAACAAAAUGAGUCACACAAUAUUGUUGGUUCAGCCUGGUAACAGACCAGAGACAAGAACUUAUUCUGAUUAUGAAAGUGUCAAUGAAUGCAUGGAAGGAGUAUGCAAAAUUUAUGAAGAACAUUUAAAAAGAAGAAAUCCAAAUACUCCAACAAUAACAUAUGACAUUAGUCAAUUGUUUGAUUUUGUUGAUCAACUCACAGAUUUAUCAUGUCUUGUUUAUCAAAAAUCAACAAAUACAUAUGCACCAUACAAUAAAGAUUGGAUUAAAGAAAAAAUAUACGUUCUUUUAAGACGUGCUGCUGGUCACAGUGAAUGACACUAUUAAUUUGUCUAAAUAAACAAAUAAAUAAACUCAACGAAAAAAAAAUUAAACAAAAUAAAUGAGUUUAUUAAAUUAUUUAUACAAUUGGCAAGUUUAAAAAUAUCUCUUUCGUGAUAUUUUCACUAUAUAUUGUUUAUUAAUAAUAUAAUAAUAAUAAUACGUAAAUUGAAUAAUUAUAAAAAAUAAAUAAUUGUUAUUUUUUAUUUAUUUUUUUCAUUAAUAUUGUUCGAGUCAAUUAAUUGCUAAAAAGAUUUUUAUUUUUUCUUUUUAUUUUGCCAAUUGGUAUAUAAUUUUUGGCACGUGUCAAAUGCAUUUUAAAUCACUCAUUUAACAUAAAUAAUAAUAACAUCAACAAAAAAUAAUAAAUAGUUAAUAAUCACUUAAAUUAAAUAGAAAAAAAAAAAGAAU